AAACAACACAUUUAUUCUGGCUGCAAUUUCUUUCAGAUAUACUUUCAGAGGGAAAUGAUGUGACUAUCAAAAUCAAACAAAAAAUAGAGUCUGCUGGAUUCACCGAAAUAACGCCCUUUAAACGCCUAAAAAACACAAAAUGCCGAACCACUGUGUAGCAUUUGGCUGUAGAAAGUCAUACCGGGAUAAUGUUAGUAUGUUCAGAUUUCCAAAGGACCAUGGUGACUUUCUAAAAUGGGAAAAACAGGUACAAAAAACUCGCCACAAAUGGGUUGCCAAGACCCACUCGUUCUUGUGCUCUGAACACUUCAGCAAGGACUGCUUUGAACCCAGACCCACCACGGUCACCAAGAACAUGGGUUCUAAAGGACUCAAGCUAAAGGAAGGUGCCAUUCCAACUAUAUUUAUUCGACCUUCUUGCACAAAGUGUGGAGGCAAUGGCAGCACCUGCGCAGUGUGCAAUCCUAAGAGGAAAAAGCAGGGUGUCAACACAGAGCAUCAGAAGCUGGACUCGAAACGUCGGCCCCCUCUGAAUGCAGACACGGAUGCUGCAGAAAAAGAAAAAGAAAAAAAAGAUGACAAGCGCAGCGAAAAGCUUCAAUCUGAUGAAGAUGGCCAUAUUAGUCCUACUUUUGCUCCACUCUCUCCUGUGGAAGUUGCUGAUGAACCAGUGGUUUGUGAGAUGUGUGGUAUAUCUGGAACACGGGGCACUUUUUAUUCCAGAUCCAAGCGUUUCUGCAGUCCAUCCUGCUCCCGUUCUUUCUCAUCCAACUCUAAAAAAUCCUCUAUAAUGGCAAGAUUACAGGGAAGACAUCUUUGCAAAGCCCCUGCACCACAGACCACUGCUUCCUCUCAGGUGGAAGUCACAGAACGUCAUCAUAGCAGCACAGCUAUUAAGAAAGAUGCCUCUUCUGGCUUUAACUGGGGAUGUUACCUUGAGAGAAAUGGCUACCUUGCUGCACCAGUGUCCUGCUUCAGACAUGUACCACUCUGUGCUCAGUGGGAAGACAUUGAGGUGGGUUUGCUCGUGGAGGUCCUGAAUACUCGCACUGCUUUGCUGACCAAGGUUUACUGGAUUGCAAACAUCAUUCGACUUGCUGGUUACAAGGCCCUUUUACGAUAUGUGGGUUUUGAAGAUGAUGAUUGUCAUGAUUUUUGGUGUAACCUGGGUACAGCUGAUGUCCAUCCUAUUGGCUGGUGUGCAGUGAACAGCAAACUACUAGUUCCCCCUCAGGAGAUCAGAAAACCUAUAUCUGAUUGGAAAUCAUACUUGAUGGAGGGACUUGUUGGAGCAUCUACAAUACCUGUGGAUUUUCAUGCUAUGAUGGCAGAUAGUAUAAAGUGUCCAUUUAGACAGGGGGUCCGUGUAGAAGUAGUGGAUCGCUCGCUGGUUAGUCGAACCCGUACAGCAGUGGUAGACACCAUGAUUGGGGGCCGUCUCAGGCUUAUAUAUGAAGAUGCAGGGCUUGGAGCCUCAGGGGAGGUGCUUUCAGAUUUCUGGUGUCACAUGUUGAGCCCUCUUAUACACCCCAUAAACUGGUCUGUUAGAGUGGGUCAUCUCAUUAAAGAGACAGAUAAGUCUAUUGAUAUGAGCAGUCAUCCGGCAUUUCGUAAGGCUCCGUGUGAUAGUUUGCCAAGUCAUUUCAAAAAGUUAAGGACUGUUUAUAUGGAAGGAGGGUUUUUCUUAGAGGGCAUGAAACUGGAGGCCAUCGAUCCUCUGAACUUGGGGAUCAUCUGUGUAGCUUCUGUUCGAAAGGUGCUGUUUGAUGGCUAUCUUAUGGUCAGUAUUGAUGGUGUGGAGAUUGGAGAUGGCUCAGACUGGUUUUGCUACCAUGCUAGCUCACAUGCCAUCUUGCCCACAGGAUAUUGCAAAAGCAAUGACAUACUCCUUACACUACCCCCUGGAUAUGAUCAGGCAACCUUCACAUGGCCCAAAUAUUUAGAAGAAACGGGAGCAGAGGCUGCUCCACGCAGACUUUUUAACACAGAUCCUGUUGAGCAUGGCUUUGCCCCAGGCAUGAAGCUGGAGGCAGUGGACCUAAUGGAGCCUCGGUUGGUGUGUGUGGCCACAGUGCAGCGCUGUGUGGGUCGUCUGCUUUUGUUGCACUUUGAUGGCUGGGAGUCAGAGUUUGAUCAGUGGGUAGACUGUGAAUCCCCUGAUAUCUACCCUGUGGGCUGGUGUGAACUCACUGGAUAUCAGCUACAGCCCCCCAUUGGACCAGAACCGCAGGAACAUACAAGCAAAAAAACUGUGGGUAAAAAGAAGAGACGAUAUGUAAGGAAAAAAAUUAAUGACGACACAUCUAAAAAUUCAGCCCCUCCGCAAGAUGGAAGUCUUCAGUCAGACAAUCGGGCUGAAUCUACUGAGCCCCGAGACAUGCCAGCCCUGCUUGCAGACACACCUGCACAGCCCAUACCAAUCAUAACUCUUAAAACUGAGCCAGAGGAAGAGGUUAUUUCUAUUAAAGUGAAAGUGGAGGAUUUGGAGACACUCAUCACCCCUGACCUUGAAGAUAGUGAAAGCACAGGAUUACAUACACCUCCACCUUCCUUACUGAAAGAAGAAAGACCAGAGUGAAUCACUAGUCUCUAGAAUCACUGGGAUUACAGACUGCAUCAAAACAGCCAUGUACUGAUGGACAUUAAAUGAAAAAUUUUUUCCUUCUACAUUAAAAAAAAUCCUGAGCAAGAGAGAUGAAACA